AUGUCCGCGUCGGAGCCCCUAAUUGCUCCAGACAGAGCGAGCGAGCGAGAGAACGAGACCAGCGCGCGCGCCCCGGAGGACCCGGUGGACAGCACCCCCGCGGCAGACCGCGGCGGAGCCAUGGAGGAACUCCGGGCUUUCGUAUCUAAAUCUUUCGACUCUAGAAGUCCCCAGGACCGAGUCGGAGGACGUAAGGGAGACGCAGUCACCUACCGCCAAAUUCUGGAGCCCGGGGCGGCGGCGGACCACAUCGACGACAGUCCCCUGCAGCUGUUCAAGGACCCGGUGGACGGCGGCGACCAGGACAAGAUCCGGGACCUGGGAGCGGCCAAGGCUACCCCUGGAGCCGAGUCGCACAAAGUCCGGGUCUUCUCAGAGGAUUCGCACAAAGUAGCCGUCUCCUCACAGGCAGUUGCUUUAAACAUCAAUCUUCUCAGAGGAGCCUUAAAAGGUCCCAGUCUCCUCGGGCUACGGCUACAAAUACCAGUCUCCUCAGACGAUCCGAGCAGAUCAGAGGAUCUGCUAAAAGGCGUCGUCUCAGCACGCUACCGCCUCGAGCUACGAAUCUCUCUGGACAAAUCGCUGCGAAGUCCCGGUGUCCUCCGAGGCGACCGCCGCAAGUGCGCCGUCUCCUCAGAGGAUUUUUAUAAGGCGUCCUACUCCUCAGGCGAUUUCUACAACAUCAGCCUCCCUCACGCGUUCGGCGGCGGGGGUGGGGCCCGGCUGAGGCAGCGUCGGAGCCGCACAAACUUCUCCGCGGAGCAGCUGCGAGCACUGGAGAGGCUGUUCGAGGAGACGCACUACCCGGAUGCGUUCAUGCGCGAGGAGCUGAGUCAACGCCUGGGACUCUCGGAGGCCCGGGUCCAGGUCUGGUUCCAGAAUCGCAGAGCCAAGUGCAGGAAGCAGGAGAACCAAAUGCACAAGGGGGUGCUCCUGGGGCCAGCCAAUCACUUAGAGGCGUGCCGUGUGGCUCCCUACGUGAACAUGGGCGCCCUGCGGAUGCCAUUCCAGCAGGUGCAGGCUCAACUCCAGCUGGACGGUGUGGGACGGGCGCACCUGCACCCGCACCUGCUGCCCUACCUCGUGCUCCCGCCUCCUCCGCCGCCGCCUGCGUUCGGCCUCCCCGUGGCCGCAUCGCUGGCUGAGGUCGCCCGGAGCAGUACCAGCAGCAGCAGCAGGAGCUCCAGCAUCGCCGACCUGCGGCUCAAAGCCCGCAAACACGCCGAGGCCCUGGGGCUCUGA